CCACAAUUUGAUUGAAACGUUGCAUCCGAACAUUUUCACAAUUAUAGAGACACGUAUGUAUGUACAAGAUAUUUAAAUAUUAACGUCAAUGUCAAAGAAGAAAAAUGAUACUUAAAUCAACAUUUUUUUAUUAUCUCUUAAUGGAAAUUUGCGGGCAACCAAAUCGAUGGACAACUCCCCCUAAAGCAAUCCAUUACACGAAACAAAUAAGUUUAAAUGAUGUAUAUAAAAGUUAUAUUAAAGAAAUCGAAGGAUUGAAUCCAAAAACAACAAAAGUUAAAUCAAUAGGAAAUUCUUUCUUGGGAAAGCCGAUUUCAGCAAUCGAAAUUCGACACAGUACUUAUUAUGCUGGAACCGUUUUAAUCGACGCUGGACAAAAUGGAAACGAAUGGCAAUCAGUUAAUAUGGCCCUUUACUUUCUCCGAGAAAUUUUAGUGAAAGAAACUGGCCUUUUGGUGUGGAUAAAAAUUGUUGUUAUUCCUUUAGUAAAUCCGGAUGGUUAUGAAAUAGCUGAAAAUGAUGCAAACUAUUCAAUUAACGUUAACGGUGAUGAUCGUUGUCCCGGAGUAAAUAUUGCAAUGAAUUUUGAUGUUGGUCCGCAACCAAUCUUUUCCGAUUGCAAUUCUUAUCAAGGAAAAAAAUAUUCUUCUGAACCCGAAACGAUUAAUUUAAAAAAUUAUAUUAAAAAAUUAGGCGACGUAAAAUUAUACAUCACUUUACACUCGAAUCAAGAUGCUUUCAUAGGAAUUCCUUUCGCUAAAAAUAACGCAAAACAUUCUUCGGCGAAGAUGAGUGGAAACAUCCACAAAGCUGUAACAGAUAAAUUAAAAGACGUCGAGGUUAAAACAGGAAGUUUAUCGGAAAUAUUUUCGAAAGAAUUCGGAGGAAGUGCUUUAGAUUGGGUUUGUGCAAUUGCAAACGUUGAUAAUUGUAUUUAUAUGAGUUUAAGUAAUUCUCAAGGAAACCUUGAAAAUCAACUUGAAGCAUUUUUCCAUGGAAUUAAAUAUGCAAUUAUUCAAUAUCAUUUAACUGAUACAGCGGUAGCGAUGGCUUUUUCCUUAGAAUGUAUGCACCACAAAAAAGGGAGAUCACAAGGAAAUCAUUUAAAAUUAAAAAUAGGUGGUGCUCAAUACCAACCAACUUUAAAGAAAAACGUCGACAUUAAUCAUGUAGAAAAAUGA